AUGGCAUCUAUAGCGUCCCUACUAAAUCCGGAACCGGUAACUUAUCAAGGAAGUCAACAGCUUCCUACACCUUGCUCCAGUCGCUCGAGAGAGUUUGCGACACAACCUCAAAGAAAAAAGCAAAAGGUAUCGAAGGAUGCGGCGAUCUUUACCAGAGGAAAAAUUAGGGGCGAACUUAGAUACCCCCCGUGUGAAUACCAAGAUAAGGUCCUAGUAGAGGCUCAUCGAGAGCUUGAAAUACACCCGAUGGGGCAUAUCACAGAGUUUCCUCGGCAUAUACCUUACAACAGCGAAAAAAAAUCAUUCCUUGAAAAGACCGGACGAGAGAGUUUCGAAGGUUAUUGGAUGCCCUUUGAAGCAGCCAAAGCUGUUGCAGCGACGUUCUGCUGGAAAAUCCGGUACGCUCUGACGCCACUUUUUGGUGUCGAGUUCCUCUCACUAUGCGUCCCUCCCAAUGAUCCAAAGUUUGGCAGAAUGACAAUCGAUCCGGAAAUUAUACAAACUGCCACUGUCACUGCACACCAAUUUCGCCUACUUGAAAUGAACGAAAAUUCGCAUCGUCGCAACCCAAGCGCCGAUUCCUACCCUACGAAUCCUGCUGCUCUGAAAAGUGCGAGCGCGAAAAAUUUGAGACCGAGAUCCUCCAAUAGGCCUGGACUUGAAAACCAACCUGAAGAAACGAUUCAUGCAGGUCAUUAUCAAUCGCGUGCGUCACCAGGCUGUGGCUGGACUCCGACAAAUACUCCGAGGUCAGCAGGCCUAGUGUCAUUUGUCCCAUCUCCCCAAGAAAUCCUUGUUUCUCUUUCUGGCUUUCACGAAAAGCCCGGGAAACCGCCAGUUUCGUACGGGAGCGACCCUAUCACUGAUGGGGAUACCUCUUCGGCAAACUCAGCCCUAUCCGACUCAGGCGAUGACUCCUAUACCGACGACGGUUCGAUGGCGGAUUCAUCUGAAUCCGAGAUGGAUAUCUCUACAGGAGCUCAGAGUUCUCCUCUCCCGCUAACGAACGAUGCACGAGCGGCGUAUAUGUUAAUGCAAUUACAUAUGCAGGAAAAUGCGGGUCUCGAUAAUGAAUUCCCGCGGAAAAGACGCCGAGCUUCGGCUUGA